UAAACAGUAGCCUACUCUGAAUAACAGCGUCGACUCGGCAGCGUUUACUUCAGUUGCCAAAGUAAGAAUUGCAGCUCCGUUAGAUAGCUGGUUUAAAAACCAGACACCAAACAUCAGUGCAGAGUCGUUCUACUUGAACUGAUAAAAUCGUAGUAGCUAGUUCGUGCAAUGACAGAAACGUUGAAUUGGAUAGCACGACUUGAAGCAGGCGGGUAAAGAGUGGAGAGCACAGCAAUGAUUUAGCCAGGUAGCUAGCUAAUGCAACACGACUAGGACUCGUAAAAGUUAGAGGAUUGCUUAGAUUCGUUGUCAGCUAUUAUCGAUUGGUCACUGGCAAUAUAUAGAUGCUUAAACAUACCUAGCAUUAGCGGUCAAUUCGUGCUGACCUACUAGUAAACGGCUUUCGAUGAUACCAGUUCUUUCUGUUGCGAUGUUAACUGAGAAUAUGGCAUUUUUUGCAACGUCGGAUAACAAGCCAGCAAAUCUAUACCACAAAUCAUUGAACUGGCAUAACGUUAAUUCUAGACUGGUGUACCCAAGAUAAAUUAAACCAUUUAAUAUUCAGGAUGAAUCCCUGUGAUAAAAACAUAGGGAGCGGGGUCAAUCUAUUGAGAACUGAUUUUGUAAGCUAUCAGGAUACUCGUCUCUUUGUGCAGUAAUUAUCUAGUGUUUUGCUUAGAUUGCCAGUUGGCUAAGAAUUAUAUAAUUUUUGGAAACUGAUAAUCUUGAAAAAAAAUUCAUUUCGAUAAAGCAACUUGAAUUAUUUUGAAAUCUUGCUGUAGUCGUUUUUUGUUAUUCCAGGCAGUGCGACGUCAGAUGGAAGCUAGAUAGCUAAAAUCGUGGCUGACUAGCAGGUAGUUAAAUGCAACAAAUGAAGGAAAAUAAAUAACGGCAUUCUGAUCAACGGUUUGAUACAUAAUUAGCCAGCGCUUGUUAAAAACUUGCCCGACGUCAGGACCUCCUGAAAGGGCAAUUAUGUGGAACCCGGGAUCUACAACGCUGCAAUUCUUUGUCAAAGUCUUGAAACAUACGGCUGGAAGAGGACACAUUCAGCUGAGUCGCUGGCUACAGAGAUCUUCCCAGGAAUCCAUGGACUGUGAUAAAAUCGACAUACUAAUUUGCAACGCAUUUGAUGAACGGGGCGCAGGUGGAAAGUUGGAUGUGGACCUGGAGAGUGACAUCAACAAUGAAACGGGAAUUUCUUUCCUCGGGGACGGACGACAUCCCUGCUGUAUCACCACCUGUUGUUUCAAAAGUGCUCUACUGGUGUGCAUUCUGACAGCCGUCUGCUUCUCCUCGGUGGCCCUUGUCCGCCAGUACCUCAAGGACCUACUUAUUUGGGUAGAGAGUUUGGACAGCCUGGUUGGGGCCCUUCUCUUCAUCGUUGGGUUGAUUUUAGUAUCCUUUCCUUGCGGGUGGGGAUAUAUAGUACUCAACGUGGCUGCUGGAUACUUGUACGGGUUCGUAUUAGGCAUGGGGCUGGUGAUGGUCGGGGUAUUGAUUGGGACUUUCGUCGCUCAUGUGGUCUGCAAGCGGGCAUUGACGGACUGGGUUUUAACCAAGAUUGGAAACAGUGAACAGCUGAGUGCUGUCAUAAGGGUUGUAGAGGGAGGAAGUGGACUUAAAAUUGUGGCCUUAGCAAGACUCACACCAAUACCCUUUGGACUCCAAAAUGCAGUGUUUUCGAUCACAGAUGUGUCCUUGCCAAAUUACCUUGUGGCUUCGACGGUGGGCCUGUUGCCUACACAGCUCCUGAACUCGUACCUGGGGACGACGCUUCGAACGAUGGAGGACGUCAUCGCCGAGCAGAGCGUCAGCGGUUACUUUGUGUUCAGCCUGCAGAUCAUCAUCAGCAUAGGCCUGAUGUUUUAUGUCGUCCACCGAGCACAAGUGGAGCUGAACGCGGCGAUCGCAGCCUGCCAGAUGGAGCUCAAGUCCUCGUACAUGAACGGAAGCACCACGAGCCACGGGAACUCCACCUACUGCAGCAAGCGGACGGCAGCGCAGGUCAACGUGGUCUGAACCCUGGCACUAAAAUCUCCCGUUUUCGGUUAUUCCCUCCCCCCCCCCCCCCCGCCCCCGCCCCCCCUCUUCUUUUCCAUUUGCGGCCAUGCGGUACUGAACCGAACCGAACGCCAAGGUAACGGCGUGCCAAACUAAUGAAUGUGCGGAAGGGCUCUCUGGCAGUUGUGCGUGCUAUCGGUGCUCUGGCCGGUUCCACGUCAUCGGGCAGGGGAGAUACGGCUGCUGAUACACAACCCCGGAAAACUGCGGGGUCACAAACUCUGACCCCAGAGGCAUGCCGAGGCCAACGCGUGGGAAGCGUGGGAACACUGAGCCAGUACUUCGUUAUAUAUUAGGAACUGUUUUUAAAAAUUGGUUGUGCGGUACAUUUUGGGCUUUUUAAUUGCUUAUACAUUUUUUUUCCCUGUAUAAAUGGUACUAAUUAUGAGUUUUUAUUUUGGUAUGUUUGAAGUUCACAAUGGGCUUACAGGGUGUUUUCAUGUUAAAAACACAAAAAGAAAGAGGCCGGGUUAAUCUUCACCGCAAAAAAAAAAAAAACGUCUUCACCUCAUUGUGAGAUGGUUUGAAGGAAAGCAGGUGUUGUUCUCGUUACGCCAGGUCAAUAUACUCAAAGUAAUGCACAGAGGUACACUUUACCACAAUUAACAAGCAUCUUGAUAUUUCUAGAAAAAAGCAAAGGAAAUGGGGGCAUUAUUUUUCAUGGGUACACAUAGACUUUUGUUUUGAAUAAGCUAUUCGACGGGUGCAUCUGGACAGCUGUUCCAGCUGUGGCAGGAUGUCAGUGGCCGGUCUGAGUAGAUUGCCGGGGGCCUCUGUGUGUCCUCUAGGGAGACGCGUCCUUUAACUCGGUCACCCGUGUUUUCGCUCUCAGUCACUGUGAGAACAGAUGGAGGCAGACGGCAAAUAUUCUGCAUGACCCCCCCCCCGCCAUCCUACCCCCCAGCCCCCCAACAUUCUGCCAGGAACCUUUCGUAAAUUGUGAUUAAAUCCAGUGUAGUAUAGGGCCUUUAUUGCUCACGCAAUCUAAAAUAUCACUACUGACAGAGCGGAUUGUCGUGGCCAGCCAUCAAUCUUUUUUAAACGCGAUCAAUUGUCCCUCCCUCCUAAAAAGACAGACAUGGAAUGAUCCAUCUUAUUACGUUUUGAACGGUUAUAAUUAUGUUGUCUUUUUAUUAUUAUGCUAUCUGUCAUUGUCCCAUUUAGAUUUGCUUUGAGUUAACCCCUAAGUGGCUAAGUUUACUGAAUUACUCAAAGCUUUUUAGACUCGAUUCCUGUGUUAGAAGUAUCAAACCUGCUUCAGAAUAACAUUGAGUGGCACUGCUGUACAGAAUGAGGCCAACAAUGGCGAUACAGCCACAUCUGAGUUCAUAUUAAUAUGAAUAUGAAUACAGAAAAGAAACUGAAAUGGGACAUCAUUACCACAGCUUUGGAUUUAAACAGUAUUUUUCCAUUCAUUAUAUUUUCUCGGGAAGAAACAUUUAGACUCUUUGCAUCUGAAAACCAUUAAAUCCCAAAGUCUGCUGUGCUUAUCGUGUCGAUAGAAUUUGGCUAAAGGAGGUUUUUGGUUCAGUUUUUGAUUUUUUAAAAACAUUGCCCCAAGGUAUGCACAAGAGAAAGGCUUUGUGUGCAUGAUUCUUUUUUUAAAGAAUAAACUACAGCCAUUUAUUUAUAAGGCUUGACACAACUGAGACUUCAUAUCAUAUCAUUAUCUGUUUAAAUAUUGACAAUCAGAUGUGAUGUGGAUGAUGAGUUGGCUGUACAGUUUUCUGCACACAUAUCUAUAUCAUAUAUAUUUUUCCUGUCUGCUGCUGUUCAGAUUUUUUGUUUAAGUUUUGAAUGAUCAACGCUGACAAUGUGUAUGUUGGCAAAGGGCUCCCAUGAAAAACACUUCUUUUUUUUCUGUUGAGUAGCCAAAACUGACCAAUUAUUUUACUGUGGUUUUAUAAGCUAAAAACCAAGUAAAACAAUUGUCUUAGAAAUAUUAUGUUGUUUGAAACAUUCCUUUUCUGGGGGGUGGGGUGGGGAGUAUUUUUCAAUGCUGACAUGUACCCUGAAUCUGUUACGGAGAGUAAAUAUACCCUAAGAGUUAUGAAUAUAGCAAUAAUGUUUGAAAAGCUAGCAAGAUGAAAAAAAAACAACAACUGGAUAAUAUUUGAGCAUCCAACAUUCCCUGGCUUUUUGCUACAGUAUUAACCUGCCUUUUUACCUCCAGCUGCCUCUGAUAUGUUCAAGACUACAUACAGAACCACUCCGUUCACUCUGGGCAGGCGUGACUUGCGGUUACAAUGAAGCCGGACAAAAUCACUACCCUCCGCCAAGUUAUGUCUGAUGCAAAAAAUAAAAGAAAAAAGGAGGUAUGGAAGGAUAGAUCAUAUAGACUUACUCAUGAUGUUGCUUUGAAAAUGUAAUACGUUUUAAAUAAAGAUCUGCAAACCUUCUGUGGGUUCAUACAUCAAAUGCCAUUGCUCCAUCUACAGACUAUUGAACUGACAUUAUAGUUAUGCAACAAUGGAAUUCAACUAUGAAAUCUGAGGGGUGAAGGGGGGGGGUUUCAUGAGUUUUGGGUUAGUCCUGGCCUAUGGGAGAAAAAAACGUAUACACUCACUGAGCAGUUUAUUAGGAAAAUGUUUACUUUAUUACACCUACUUAUACGUGCGAUUAUUAUUAUUAUUUUAAUCUUUAAAAAAAUCCAGUGAGCAGCAGUUCUGCAGACAUAAACACCUUGUAAAUGAGAGACAUCGGAGUAGAAUGGCCAGACUGGUCAAAGCUGACAGGAAGGUGACAGUAACACAAAUAACCACACAUUGGUAUGCAGAACAGCCUCUGAACACACAACACAUCAUAAUUCUUAAGUGGAUAGGCUACAGCAGUAGAAGUCUAAAAAAAUAAGUAAUGAAUACCUAAUAAAGUGAUUGGUGAGUGUACAUCUAGUUCUAGAUCAGGACAAACCAGGGUCUGUGAAAUCCUCUUCCCAGUUGUAUCAAGUGCAUUAUACAUAGACUGUAUUUUGUAAUACAGAGAAUUUUACAGUGUGUAAAUGAAUAUUUAUCGCUGUAAUAUGCUUGUUCAGUGUUAUUUAUGGCAGAGUUGUCUUACAUGUAAAAGUUGUUAAUUUCACUCUGGGAUACAAAACAAUUGUUAGGAUGUAAUAAAAAUAAAAAAGUAAAACGA